AUGAAUUCUCAACGAGACACCGCCGAGUCUAUUGUGGUUCCCGGAUUAGGCUUGCAGACGCUCACGCAGGCCAUGACAUCCUUCGUGAAGGCUGGACCGAGCAGCCGCGUUAACGUCAUGACUACCGCCAGCGUCGGCACCAGCCCAGACGACUUAUUGAACGCGCAGUACUCCUGGUCUGGAAUAAGAUCAAGGCGGGACGGCGUCCGCAUGUUCUCGGCCUUUAUUGCGCAAGACGAUCCGAUAUCGCACAGCGGCUGA